AUCCUCCCACUUCCUGGGAGAUUGGAGCUAUAAAAAGGUGUUCAGGUGUUUCAAUGAGGGAAGAGUAGAUUUUCUGAGGUGUAUUUUGACACUCAGCACUUGGCGGCCGAGUCUGGGAGGACACACAAUGAAGGACACCGACAGUGACCAGUUAAAAAAUGUCCCCCAAAGCACUGAAAAUGGCAUUGACAAUGAGGCAUUUGAAAUGGGGGAGGACAGGUAUUCUGACAAAGGAAGCAUCAAAAGUCAGAGUAAAAAGACAAAGAAAGGAUUGGGAACGUACUUGAGCCAAGUUUCCAGGCCAAUUAAUGCCACUGAGAAGUACUUCAAAGCUCAUUCAAAAAUUUUUAAGUAUGUUGUCCUUGGCAUUCUUGGAGCAGGUUAUGUGGCGUACUUCAUUGCAGCCUGUGUGUUGGAUUUCCAGAGGGCCACUGCACUCGUCGUCCUCACUAUUUUGGCUGUUGUUGCCACUUCUUAUGAACUUUUGAUGAAGUACAAAGGAGAAAGCAUCAGCCACUUUUUAAAACCUGCAGUCAAAUGCUUUCGGUCCAACUUAAAAUGGCUAAAAUGGGUUUUCAUCCUGGCAGUUGUUGUCCUGCUGGUGGUGUGGCUAGUUUUAGACACAAGCAAGCGCCCAGAGCAGCUUAUCUCUUUUGGAGGUGUGUGCAUGUUCAUUGUGCUUUUAUACCUCUUCUCAGCACACAGGUCAAUGAUCUCAUGGAGGCCAGUUUUUUGGGGUCUGGGCAUGGAAUUCUGUAUUGGCCUUUUUGUUAUAAGAACAGAGCCUGGACUUAUUGCCUUCGACUGGCUUGGGAAACAAGUACAGGUGUUUCUUGAUUACACCAAAGAAGGCUCAUCAUUUGUUUUUGGAGACCUGAUUGCUAACAUCUUUGCCUUUCAAGCUUUGCCCAUUGUGGUCUUCUUCAGCAGUGUUAUGUCAAUCCUCUACUUUUUGGGCAUCAUGCAGUGGCUUAUUUUAAAGAUCUCAUGGGUCAUGGAAAUAACAAUGGGAACCUCUCCUACAGAAACCUUAAGUGUGGCAGGCAACAUAUUUGUUGGACAGACUGAGGCUCCACUGCUGAUUCGCCCCUAUUUGAAGGAAAUGACCAAAUCUGAGAUCCACGCCGUCAUGACGGGUGGAUUUGCCACCAUAGCAGGCAGCGUCAUGGGAGCAUUUAUCUCAUUUGGGAUUGAUGCCUCUUCUUUGAUAUCUGCCUCUGUGAUGGCUGCUCCGUGCGCUUUAGCCAUCUCUAAACUGUCUUACCCUGAAACUGAAGAAAGUCCCUUCAAGGCCGAGAAGAAUAUCAAAGUUGCUUGUGGGGAUGAACAGAACAUUUUGGAAGCUGCCAGCAGCGGAGCAUCUGCAUCAAUUGGGCUUGUAGCUAACAUUGCAGCCAAUCUAAUAGCCUUUCUCGCCAUAUUGGCUUUCAUAAAUCAGGCGUUGAGUUGGCUAGGAGGGAUGGUGGGAUAUCCUGAAAUAACUUUCCAGUUGAUUUGCUCUUAUGUAUUUAUGCCUGUAGCCUUCAUGAUGGGAAUACCUUACGAUGAGAGUUUCACGGUGGCUGAAUUAAUCGGCACCAAGGUCUUCUUAAACGAGUUUGUGGCUUAUGAGAAGUUAUCCGAACUUAAGAGCAACAGACUCAAUGGAAUGGAUGAAGUUAUUGGAGAUGAAAGACAGUGGAUAUCAGUGAGAUCAGAGAUUAUCACCACCUAUGCCCUUUGUGGGUUUGCCAAUUUCAGCUCCUUGGGUAUUGUUAUUGGAGGCCUGUCAUCCAUAAGCCCAUCAAGAAGAAGUGACAUCUCUUCUCUGGUGCUGAGAGCCAUGAUAACCGGGACUUGCGUUUCUCUCAUCAAUGCGUGCGUCGCAGGGUUACUCUUUGUGCCUCCACUUGACUGCGUGGGGAUUUUUCGGGGCUCUGCAUUCAAUGCCACAGAUUUAAACAUCCAACAGUGCUGUCAAGACUUGUUUCAGAGCACUGUGAAUAAUGGAAACAUCACAUUUGAAGGACAAUGGAGCUCCAUUCCCAAUGUCACAUUGUUUUUCUCUAAAUGCUGUCAGUGUUGUGGGCUUUCUGAUGUGCCGGUUUGUCUGUAGACAUGAAAUCUUUGCAAACGCAGGCUUUAAGCGAGAACAGUAUAUCAAUUGUUCCCAAAAUUUUUCUUUUUGUUUUUUACAAAUAAAGCUUUUCAAAGUGGCAAAUCGCUUUUCCUGCUGAUUCCUGAUCAGCACAGGAGCCACUUUUAAAAGGAAGCAAAUAUUAAAAACAAAUGAUAAAAACUCAUAUCUCAUAUAGGCUCACACGCCAAGGAAGACGGUUAAAGGAACAUACAAGAUAAGAGUAAGGUAUUAUAAAAUUUUAUUUUAUUGUAGGUGGUGUACAUGUGCUGAGCUUUGAAAGCAUGAUAAGGAAAUGGCAACAGAAUAAAAGUAAAGGAGCUAUGUUCAUUUUUGUUAGCUUGGUUUUUAACAAGAAAAUUGACAAAUAAUUUGAUUAUCAUAAAAGUGGAUAUACAUAACAAUUUUUUGUACUUUAGAUCUUGCUUGAUGCCAUAUUUCUGUAUUUUUACAUCAGCUUGUUUUUGUCAAGCUCCAGUACAAACAUUAAGUUUUGUGCGUACCCUUGGAGGAUCAUUUUAUUUGUUUUUUACUGUAUAUUAAAUUAAUUUGUGGCAUCAUACCAAAGCCACACCUUGCUGUAAGAUAUGUAACUUUGGAAACACUGAGACAUGAACACUUUGUAUACUGUAAAUUUGAAUGGAACUCUUCUGAUGUGUUUAAAAAUACAUGUGAAUGAAAAA